AUGUUUCUUGUACUUAAUGAACUCAAGAAUGUUGGUGAAGACAGACUCGCAAACUUCAACGCUUUGAAAUCAAUUAUUACGGAUAAUGAGAUUAGAAUUAAUGAAAAGAAUCAACCCAGAAGAACAGCACAAAACGUUGCCAAUUUCAUUUUCGUAACUAAUAACGUCUACCCUGUCAAAAUUGAAGUUGGAGACAGAAGAUAUGUAGUUUUAAGAGUUAAUGGUAAAUUUAAGGGUCAAUUUGAUUACUUCAAGAAUUUGAUGAAUUCAUGCACAAAGGAAUUUUAUGAUAAUUUACUGACGUAUUUUAUGCAAUAUGACCUUUCAUCAUUUAAUGUACGAAUCAUUCCGAUGACUGAAGCCAAACAAGAUUUAAUUGAAUUAUCAACAAAUCCUUUAGAUGUAUGGAUAAAUACACAUUAUGAUGAAUUGUGUGCAGGUAUGACGUGUAAAAAUGCUCUAUUCUGCAAACCAUCAGACAUGAAAGACAAGAAUUUCCAAAUGAGUAUUAAGGAUAAAUGUGAUAGGAAACAAAGAAAAAUAGAUGGUAAACAGACAUGGUGUUAUGUUUUGAAAGAAGAAAUGAAAGGAUUAUAUAAACAGGUUGAACCAAACGAUAAUGAGGAUUCAUUUACUGACGAUGAAAUACUUGUAAAUGAAGCUUUAUAA